CUAGGGGUGGGCCAAGGUAGGGAGGGUGUGACGCUGGUAUUUGUGUGGACUCGGCUUGUGAUGCUGAGCUUGGUCCAUCCGUUUUCUCCUCCCUUCUCCUCCCCGCUCCUUCCCACCAGCGCCACAGCAACAUCCUCUGAGCCUGAGCGAACUGCGCCCAGGCGGGUACAGAGACUCUCACCGCCUGCAAUCUGGGCCCGGGAGAAGGGAGAGGCUGCAGUGACAGCGCCUCACCGCCACCAGUCCCUGGACCACCAUGGCCAAGAACCGCAGGGACAGAAACAGUUGGGGUGGGUUUUCAGAAAAGACAUAUGAAUGGAGCUCAGAAGAGGAGGAGCCAGUGAAAAAGGCAGGCCCAGUCCAAGUCCUCAUUGUCAAAGAUGACCAUUCCUUUGAGUUAGAUGAAACUGCACUAAAUCGAAUCCUUCUCUCGGAGGCUGUCAGGGACAAGGAGGUUGUUGCUGUAUCUGUUGCUGGAGCGUUUAGAAAAGGAAAAUCAUUCCUCAUGGACUUCAUGUUGAGAUACAUGUACAACCAGGUAUGGAAGAGGUGCUUUAAAAAGACAGGAAUCCAGAUAUGGAGUGAAAUCUUCCUUAUCAAUAAACCUGAUGGUAAAAAGGUUGCAGUGCUAUUGAUGGAUACUCAGGGAACCUUUGAUAGUCAGUCAACUCUGAGAGAUUCGGCCACAGUAUUUGCCCUUAGUACAAUGAUCAGCUCAAUACAGGUAUAUAACUUAUCCCAAAAUGUCCAGGAAGAUGAUCUUCAGCACCUCCAGCUCUUCACUGAGUAUGGCAGACUGGCAAUGGAGGAAACAUUCCUGAAGCCAUUUCAGAGUCUGAUAUUUCUUGUUCGAGACUGGAGUUUCCCAUACGAAUUUUCAUAUGGAUCUGAUGGUGGCUCCAAAUUCUUGGAAAAACGCCUCAAGGUCUCAGGGAACCAGCAUGAAGAACUACAGAAUGUUCGAAAACACAUCCAUUCCUGUUUCACCAAAAUUUCCUGCUUUCUGCUACCUCAUCCUGGCUUAAAAGUAGCUACCAAUCCAAACUUCGAUGGAAAACUAAAAGAAAUAGAUGAUGAAUUCAUCAAAAACUUGAAAAUCCUCAUUCCUUGGCUACUUAGUCCUGAGAACCUAGAUAUUAAAGAGAUCAAUGGGAACAAAAUCACCUGCCGAGGUCUGGUGGAGUACUUCAAGGCUUAUAUAAAGAUCUAUCAAGGUGAAGAAUUACCACAUCCCAAAUCCAUGUUACAGGCCACAGCAGAAGCUAACAAUUUAGCGGCCGUGGCAACUGCCAAGGACACAUACAACAAAAAAAUGGAAGAGAUUUGUGGCGGUGACAAACCAUUUCUGGCCCCCAAUGACCUGCAGACCAAACAUCUGGAGCUUAAGGAAGAAUCUGUGAAGCUAUUCCGAGGUGUGAAGAAAAUGGGUGGGGAGGAAUUUAGCCGGCGUUACCUACAGCAGUUGGAGAGUGAAAUAGAUGAACUUUACAUCCAGUAUAUCAAGCACAAUGAUAGCAAAAAUAUCUUCCAUGCAGCUCGUACUCCAGCCACACUGUUUGUUGUUAUCUUUAUUACAUAUGUGAUUGCUGGUGUGACUGGAUUCAUUGGUUUGGACAUCAUAGCUAGCCUGUGCAAUAUGAUAAUGGGACUGACCCUUAUCACACUGUGCACCUGGGCAUACAUCCGGUACUCUGGAGAAUACCGAGAGCUGGGAGCGGUCAUAGACCAAGUGGCUGCAGCCUUGUGGGACCAGGGAAGUACAAAUGAGGCUUUAUACAAGCUUUACAGUGCAGCAGCAACCCACAGACAUCUGUAUCAUCAAGCUUUUCCUGCACCAAAGUCUGAAUCUACUGAACAAUCAGAAAAGAAGAAAAUUUAAUCCAAAUUUAAAAAAAUACAGGUGCAUGACCAACUGUCAGCUAAAUAUUGUUUUAUGUCUCCAGCAAACAUUCAAGUGCUUCCAUCAGAACAGAGUAAAAUACCAAACACCUCUGAUGACUGCAAACUGGUUUAGUUCGUUUAAUUACUUCAGUGUUUAAGAUGUAUGUAUGCAUGGUUAUAUCGUUUUGUUAACAUGUAGUUUCCUGAUUUUGUCUUGAAAUAUGCUGUUAUAAUUUAAAGUAUUUGUCUAUCUAUGAUGACAGUACAGGUGUUCUGCUUGAAUUUACUAAAUUCUACUACUGGGUUAUAAUUAAACCAUGUAGUAAUAUUACUCCAUGUUUGGAUAUGCUCAUUUAAUUUCUACAGAAUUUUCAAUUUUACAGUCAUUUUAAAGUAUAGUAUCAUAACCCAAAAGGCUUGAUUCAAUCUGUAUCAUCUUACAUAUACCACGAGCUCUUAAUUUGAAAAAUAUUUAAGAGAGCUUUUCAGUUGCUUUAUCAAAAACUAUAUAUUGCUUUUUAUAUUAUGAUUUAAUAUAGAAUAUAAACUUCUUGAUCAAAAAUGCACAAAAAAUCUCUUUGUAUAUGUAUUUGAGUUUCACUGCAUUGUAUAUUUUUUCAUUUGGUACACAAAGAAAUGUAUUCUUCAUAGGUUUAUUCUUUUAACAUGUGAACUAUUAUUAAAGUUUACUCCAGUUCCUAAGAUUUAAAAACAAAUGCUUACUGAAUUUGGAAAUGUUUGUGAGGUGUUGAUAUAGAAAUGAUUAAGGUUUAUCUCUUUUUUUAAAAUUCAAAAUGCAUUUUAAUGUUGAUCCCAUUACAUUAGAUUUCCAUUUUAAGAAAUGAAUGCUAAUCCCUUUUAGGUACUCUCCACUUCUUUUAAACCAAUGAUUCUAUAUUGUCUUUCUAAUUACUAAAAUCUAGUGGAAUUUCAUUGAGUAUACCUUUUAGAGAAAAAAAAAAAGUGACGUAAUGAAAAAACAAAAGUAAUGCCUCUUGUCUGGGAGAUCCAAAAUAGUUUCUAACUUUCUUAGACAUGUCUAAGACUUAAUAAAACAGUAAUACAAAGCAAGUAGUAACGGGAAAGAAUAAGAUAGAAGAAUGUAUGAGAAUUCAUAAGAUAUGUAAGCUUAAACCUUCGAAAAGUUUGAUCAAUGCCUUGCAAAAUAACUUUUUCCUCUGAUAAAAUUCCACUAGCUU